UUUUUUUAAAAGAAAAUAUAGUCUACAUUUUAUUAUUUAUUUUCUUAUCUCUUUUGGAAACUUAAUGUUUUUAAGACAGUAGGAAACAGUUGAAGUCAGGGUAACGGCGUCCUCGCGUCCCAUUUAAAUUGUAAAUAGUUUUAUGAAGAAAUAAAAGAAUAGCUUUAUUUUAUAAUGUUUUAGGAAGUUUAAAGUUUCUAGAAAGAAAAUUGAUUGGUGUGGACGAAAGCAUACACAGAGUGUAACAGUCACUGUUCAGAAUGAGUCGGCUUUACGAUACAGUGGAGCCUUCAGUCAUUGAUGAAGAAAUGCUGCAAAAAGCUGUUGAAGAGCAAGGACCAAAAGAUGAAGCAGGGAAAAUAGCAAAAAAGGAAGGCAUAAAUUUUAGUGAUGUUCUGUCUCUAAGACUGGACUUUAAAAAUAUACUCAAAAUUGAUAAUCUCUGGGAAUUCGCCUCAUUAACAAAAUUACAACUUGAUAACAAUAUCAUUGAGAAAAUUGAAGGCUUAGACACUCUUGUCAACUUGGAAUGGCUUGAUUUGUCCUUCAACAACAUUGAAGUCAUAGAAGGUCUGGAGAAACUCACAAAGCUUCAAGACUUGACUUUGUUCAAUAAUCAUAUUAGCAAGAUAGAAAAUUUAGACUCACAAAAAAAUUUACAUGUUUUUUCCAUUGGAAACAAUGAGCUCAAAGAUAUAAAGGAUAUUCUCUAUCUUAGAAGAUUUCCAAAUUUGAAAACACUAAAUAUUGCUAACAAUCCUGUUAGUUCAGAAGAAAAUUUUAAACUCUAUAUUGCUGCAUUUCUUCCCAGUAUAGAGUUUCUUGAUUAUCGGUUGAUUGACCAGCAAACAAAAGCAGUUGCAUAUGAAAAAUUUCAAAGUCAAGUUGAAGAGCAAAUUGAUAAAGACAACAAGGCCAGAAUUUUAGAAGAAAUUCAAGAGCAAAAAGAACUAGAAAUUCAGAAACAUAGGGAAGCCUAUGUUGAGUAUCUGAACACAGAUAAAUUAUUUGAAGAAAUGUAUGCAGAUGACCCAGAAGGUAACAAACUGAAUGAAAUACCGGGUGUUGAUGAAAUGGUGAAAUUAUUUAGAGAAAAGCUGAUUGCAGUUUGUUUGGAGUUAUUUAACUUUGGCCUGUCAGAGUUUGAGAAAAGAAAAGCAGAGGUGGAUAUGUUUUGGGAAUGUGUCAAUGAGGCCAAGCUGGAAAAUAAACAGGAAUGCAUGAAAAUUAUUGCAGAUUUCAAUAAGAAAAAAAAGAAGUUGUUUGCUGAACUGCAGCACCUGAAUGAUCCAAAAUUGACAGAAAUUAAAGUGUUGGAGUAUGCACAGAUCAUCAAUGAUUUGUGGGAUAAAUUAAUGGGAUUAGAGUUACAAAUUGUGGAUCAAUUGGAGGAGGUGAUAAAAGAUUUUGAUCGCAAUAUGCAAGACAUGGUUGGCACUUUCAUAGAAAAUGUGCAAGCUUUUCUUACCCAGGCUAGAGAGCUGGAAAAUUUGCAUAACGAAAAAAUGAUUGAGAGUGCCACAAUAGCAUUGGAAAAAGCAGCUAAAAAUGAACUAGAAGAAGAUAUUUCAGAGGACCUAAGAAUGUUAUUAGUAGACAAAGAUACAGUAAUAAAUGCGGUGACUUCUUCCCAUGAUGUCCACUUGCUGAAGAUUGACAACAAGGAAGAUGACAUUGUGACCAGAAUCAACACAUGGCUCAAAAACAUGAUCACAGCCAUUCACAAUGAGGAGGAAAUCAAACGCAAUCGUUCUCGGGUAACUGAAAUCAACCACCUGAUUGAUCAUCUUAGGGAGGAGAUUGAUGCUUUUGAUGUCAACAUUGGAGUGACAGAUCAAAUAUCUGGAACUAAAUCUAAAGUGACUUUUAAAGGAAGCUUGCAUCGUGUAUCAGUCACUAAUGGGUCUGGACCAUCUUGUGAUAAAACUGCCAGAUUUUCCAAUGCAGGAUUAACAUCCAGUGACUGUAGCAAUAAGUGAUGUUGUUCAAAGGAAUUAAGAGUGUACUUAGUUUGGCAGCUUAUUGCACCAACAAUGUAUUGUUGCAUUAUGUCAUGUUAUUCAUAUUUACCUUACAGUGUAGAGAGUUGCAAACAAAUCAAGAGGAAAUGCUGGACUCCUCAGACACAACAAAAAUUACCAAACAGUGGUAAAAUAUUGAGGAAUGACAAAAGAAGUUUACAACUUAGGGUAUAACUAUUAUUUGAGUCAUCUGCUCUGUUUGUUGUAUAACUAUUAUUUUUGAAUCAUCUGCUCUAAUUGUUGUUACGGAAGGCCUUAAAGCUCUUAUGUCUUAUAUUUUUGUUUUACAUUGUCUAAUUUUCCUUUAUUUAUAAUAUGUGUAUUUCUUCAAGCUGUUUUUUCUCUUGCAUCAGUAAAUUUCUAUAUUACAUAGAAACUUCAGUAACACACACACACCAUUUGGCAUAAUGUAAGUUUAGUGUGUAAUACUACAGGUUGAUAAAAAUAAAAUUGACCCAAAAUUGACAUUUUACUAAGAGGUUUGUUUUUCCAGGGAUAGGGUUAAGCAAUGACCUUGCUGACCAAGUUCCAUUCUAAUUUAUAGUGCAUUGUAAAUAGAAUGUACAAUUGUAUGUGUAACAGUGUAUAAUAUAGGUUUGUAUUUUUUGUACUGUAAACAAUGGAUUUGAAACUGUUGAAGGCACAUAAAUAUGUUCUAUAUAAAGUUUCCAUUAAGUGCAUUUUUAGCUUCAGUUAUUACUUUUUUCUUUGUAUUAUCUACCUACAAUUAUUCAAUAGCAUGUUUUAAUUUUUAAAAUCAAAACAAUGAAGCUGUAGACUUAAAUGUUUUUAUUUUAAAACAUCUUCAGUAUUAUUUGAAAUAUAAGGUUUAGAAUUUCUUACAUUUAGAAUCAAAAUGUCUUUUUGUUUGAAAAUAAUUGGACAAAAAAAAUGUUGAAACAAACUUAUUAGCUCAUUUUUACUUGUUUUUCUUUGUUGUGUUAACAGAGAUAUUUAUGAGUUAAUUAUUAAAUAGUAUGACAACAUAACUGUCUAAAAUACUUAAUUUAAAAAGAAGAUUAAAAAUUAAGAAACAAUACAACAAACAUUUUAGGCAAAAAAUAAAAGCAAACAAGUUUAGAAAUAAAACAAAAAUCAAAUCACAAAGAAAAACACAAUGUAAUAUAGUUCUUUAUUUAUAAAGUAUAUCCUUAUUCAUUAUUACUUAUUUUUAUAAGACUGAUUCAUACAACAGCAUUUAAUCAAGAGUGACACAAGAAACUUAGAAAGAUGGUAGAGUAGCUUUUUGCUUGAUUGUUGUACUCUCACAGCACCAAUGAACAAACAACAUGGCAGCAGACAGCCGACACCGUAACUCGUACAAUUCAAUGUCAUGGUACCACUCAACGCUACCCCAUUUUUUGGUCUGAAAUACAAUGUAACCAAUUAGAUAACAGUCUAGAUAUACACAUCCCAAUAACCUAACAGAAAUGUAGUUUGUGUUAACAUUUAAACAAAGUUCAGAUCGAUCCAAUGAAUUCUAUUAUUUUCUAAAGGACCUUAUUAAUGUAAUCUAUAACAAAAAAGAGUAAGCAUUUUUGUAGAAACAAUUUACCUGAAAUUCUUGCUCCAAUCUAGCCAGUUCUACUGCAGUGUCAACAUCAAUUUGUUUAUCAACCAGAGCCAUUAUUAUUAACAAGGACUUGAUACAAUCUACAGCAUAAUGAUAACC